AUGAUUCUUCGUGCCGAAUACGAACAACUUCCUUUCUUCUUCCGAGUUUCUGUUGAAGUGCUACCCCUGCUCACCUGCAUUGAAGUGUUCGCCCUGGCGCUGUUUAGCAUUGUCACGGUGCACUUCGACUUUGCCGAGGUCAACAGAUUCUGCAAAAUCGUGUUUGUUAUGGUUGCUGGCACGAGCAUGGUGGUGACUACUGCAGUUCAAUACUCUUUCAGUAAAAGCUCACAUGAGAGAUUGGAUCAGAUCUCAGCUAUUUUAAAGAUGAUAUCUGCCUGCGCGUUCUGCUACUUGGCACCACAGUACUUUCAGCACAACCAUUCGGCCAUCUCAUUUCCCAUUUGCUUCUCGUACGGU